AGCUGGGAGGAAGUGGAAGCUAGUUUUCUCCUGGCGGGAGCGAGCGCCGGGCUCGUCUCCUCACUGCGAGAGACCUGCUCAGCCGCUCGACUCCGGCUGCGCCGCAGCUCCGGACCCUGCUACCGCGACCCAGCUCUUCCAUUCCCGCCUAUAACGAUAUAAGGGGGCGCUCCGCCAGCCCGGGGCUGUAAGGCGUGGGGAGAGCAGGCCGGUCUGAGGCAACGAGCUGCCUCUGCCCGGCUGGGGGCUCCCCUGUAUGUGGUGGCGGAGGGGACCAGUGCAGUCUCCGUGUGGGUGGGAGCGCCCCAUGGGCAGCUCCGCGCGAGGGUGGGCGGCUUGGGGGCUCGCGUCGGAGAGUGAGCGCCCUUGGCCAAAGAGUGCCAGGCACACGUAAGAUCCUCUGCCUUACGUCGGCAGCCCGCUGUGCUGGGGAGGGGGCUCAGUUUGCACGUGGUUUGCCGUCAUCACUUUGCAAUAUCUACUAUGGCGGCUGCUCUCCUGAAGCUGCUCCCUCUAGACCCAGGGGACGAAGGCACGCAAAGAUGCAGGAUGGGACCUGCCACGUUAUCCACUCUGGGAGCCAGGCUCGGAACCCCACUUAGGAUCACAGUUCCUGGUGGCUGCUGUUUGUGCACUGCCUGGCCCAGAAAUGAUUUGGCUGAUGGUUACCUGCAGCUUGAUCUAAAAUGUAAAACUUCAGGUUUAACUGCAAGCAAGUUGAAAGGUCUCAUGCUGAGUGUCAGUCACUUGAAGCUUUUGGCCUGUCACCGGUUGAGAAAAGUAACAGUGAAAGUGGUCCUUAAGAACCUUACCCUGAAAAAAUCCACCCCAGAAGCAACACUACAGGAGAUGGUCAAAGAGCUGCUGAGAAAUGUGUAUGUUUCUCUUCACCAUGUUGUUACUGCUGCCCCAAUUCCUGGAAAUCCAGUGGUAUGUGUUGAAAUACUGGCUGUAGAUGCUUCGACAGAAGAAGCUGGCCUGAUAGCUCCCAAAACUAAUAUAAACAUUAAAGAAGUAGUCACUUUAGAAUGGUACAGACACUUGUCAAAGGACACUGCAAAAAUUUCAGUUGCAGGAAUGGAUGAUUUGGGCAGCUCUUUGAAAGAGAUGAUUGUUUUGCCUUUCCAUUUUCCCAAAACCUUCAAGAAGUUGGGUCUUUCUGCCCCUAGGGGAGUACUGUUGGUGGGCCCUCCAGGUGUGGGGAAGACUCUUCUCGUAAAGGCAGUUGCAAGGGAAGUGGGGGCGUAUUUGCUUUGCAUCAGUGGUCCAGCUAUAUAUGGCUCAAGGCCUGGAGAAAGUGAAGAGAACUUGCGAAGAGUUUUUGAACAAGGCAAGGAAUUGUCCAGUGAAGGACCAACCAUUCUCUUUAUUGAUGAAAUUGACUCUUUGUGCCCUAAACGGGGAAGUUCAAACAGCAUCCCUGAAAAUCGUAUUGUUGCUCAAUUGUUAACUCUUAUGGAUGGCAUGGGCAGUGAAAAUGAGAUGGUCAUCAUGGCAGCAACAAACAGGCCUGAUGCCCUAGAUCCUGCACUGAGGAGACAUGGUAGAUUUGACCGAGAGGUUAUCAUUGGGACACCAACACUUAAACAGAGAAGGUCUAUUCUACAGUUGAUUACUUCUAAUAUGCCUAUUUCCACUGAUGUUGAUUUGAUUAACCUAGCAGAAAUGACAACUGGAUAUGUUGGAGCUGAUCUUACGGCAUUCUGCAGGGAAGCUGCUAUGCAGGCUGUCCUCCACAGCUGUUUGGAUUCAGUUCACAUGUUGAUUAACAUGGCAGAUUUCCAUGAAGCUUUUAAAAAGAUUCAGCCAUCUUCCUUUCGAAGCAGUGUUGGACUAACUGACUUUAAACCUGUUACCUGGGAACAAAUUGGUGGUCUUGAAGAUGUGAAAUUAAAGUUAAAACAGAGUAUUGAGUGGCCUAUGAAGUUUCCUCAGGCUUUUGUGAGGAUGGGACUGUCUCAGCCAAAGGGUAUUCUCCUAUAUGGGCCACCAGGAUGUGCCAAAACCACUCUGGUGAAGGCUGUGGCCACAAGCUGCCAUUGUUCCUUUCUUUCUGUUAGUGGUGCUGACCUUUUUUCACCUUAUGUUGGAGAUUCAGAGAAGAUUUUGUCUCAGGUUUUUCGCCAAGCAAGAGCACAUACUCCAGCAAUAAUAUUCCUGGAUGAGAUUGAUUCUAUCCUAGGAUCUCGAACAGCCUGCAAAACUGGACAUGGUGCCCCAGAGAAGGUUCUUUCUGUCCUUCUUAAUGAAUUAGAUGGUGUUGGCAUUAAAGUCACAGAGAGAAGAGGAAAUAAAUUACAGCUUGAAGGUGAUUGUCAAGAACAAAACGAAAAGGAGAGACAGAUAGAGUUUCAAGAAGUUUUGAACAAAGAUGUCAUGAUAGUUGCUGCAACAAAUAGACCAGACAAGUUGGAUGAUGCCUUGUUGCGUCCUGGAAGGUUAGACAAGAUCAUCUAUAUUCCACCUCCAGAUCAGAAGGGAAGGCUUUCUAUUUUGAAAAUUUGCACAGAAAAAAUCCCAAUAGAUUCUGAUGUGUCAUUAGAAUACCUAGCAGUUCAAACUAAACUCUUUUCUGGAGCCGAUAUUGAAAAUCUCUGCAAGGAGGCUGCUUUGCAGGCAUUACAAGAGAAUGGACUUGAAGCAACUAGUGUGAAACAUGAGCAUUUUGUAAAAUCACUGAAGAGUAAACCAUCAUUAACCCCCUCAGAUUUGAAUUCUUAUGAAAAAUUAUUUAAUAAGGAAGUAUUCUCUUAAAUCAGAAAAAAUCUGAAGAAUGACGUAAAAAUUGAUCAUCUGCAGAAGUCACUGUCAAACAAUAUUGCAUCUCUACAAGACAGUCCACUAGGUCUGCAGCUCAGAUAAAUUACGAUUCAAUCAUCUAUAAAAUGAGACAGCAGGACAGUUAAGGAUUUUUUAAUUCAUAUCCGUACUUAAGGUCUAGUCUGAAUUUUGGAUAUAAGAUCUUCAGCGGUUAAAAAGGCUUUUCUGUAAAUUAAAAAAAACAAAGACUGAAGUGCCAGAGUAUCCUGAGGACUAAAUGCUUGUAUGAAUAAAGUAUAUUAAGUGCGAUUGACUGUGGGAACUGUGAGCCACUAAAGUCAUGUGUAGGCUCCUCACAAUCUGCAAAUACGUGUAUCAUAUAACUUGUAUAGUAUUUUUAGGGGUAGACGUACCAGAAGCACUUUUGGCUACUGCAGGUAUAUAGCAUCACUGAAAUGAAGCUACCAUUUGGUGGUUUGCCUAUUUUUGUGAAUUUGGGAACCCAUUUUGUCCAAAAGAAUCUUACAUCAUCUGUUGUUGGAUCAGUAAUGAAACAAGCAGAUACCAAUACAAGCACAAAUCUAUUUAAACAAGACUAUCCAGAGGUAAGUAGCAAUUGGUGUUGUGGGGAAGAGUGGUGUUUUUACUGACAAUCUUUUUGUCAAUCAAUCUGUAAUUGGAAAUGUUUGUUAAAAAUACACUGAUAUGUGGAAGUGAAUGAUUAAAUAUUUUUACAAGUG